GUUUAAGCCCUCUCCAUCGACCAUUGUCUCUCUCUCUCUCUCUCAGGUGCUCUCUGUGCUGGUUAAGGUCGGAGAGCUUGCUUUUGUAUGCAAUGGAUCGCAACGCCGUUUAUACCGUAGCUAUUAUAUGCAUUAUAGUUUCCUGCGUCGGAGGCCAGUCCCCGGCCGCAUCUCCGAAGGCUAGCCCGGCGCCACAGACGACUACUCCCACUGCUCCCACAGCAUCUCCUCCUAUUUCCACUGCCUCUCCAACCUCGUCUCCCACGGCCGCGCCGCCUACUUCGGCCUCAUCUCCGCCGGUUUCUACUCCUCCUACGUCUACUCCAGCACCAGCUUCACCUCCGCCAACCACUCCGCCUCCAGCAACUCCACCUCCGGCUACUCCGCCAACGUCUACUCCUCCAUCUCCUCCGCUUGCUGUUCCUCCAUCUGCGCCUCUCGCCUCCCCGCCUACGGCCACUCCGGCACUUGCUCCAAGCAAGGAAACAACAUCGCCGGCGCCUUCUCCACUGGCACUGAGCCUUCCGUCGCCUCCGGCGGGAUCACCGGCGCCGAGUAUCGGCGGUGCUACAGCUCCUGCGCCAUCUGCGUCCGAUGAGAGUGGAGUUGAGAAGCUGUGGGCAAGGGAGAAGAUGAUGGUUGGGAGCUUGAUGACUGGAUGGGGUCUCCUUUUGCUGUUCUAAGAGAGGUUUCCAUUUGUCUCCUUUAUUGUAUCAUUUUCCGGUGGCAUGUUGAUGUUGGCAUUGGCAGGCGGCCAUUUUUAAGCCCAUAUUUAUGGUGGUUGCACCCUGGCACUUGUAUUUGGACCAUUCAUUUAGAUGUAUUCUUUGCCAGAUUUUUGAGAGGAUUUUUAUUUUGGAUGAGUAUUUUCAUGCUUUUACUUUA